GGCCGUCGAGGCGCAAGAGAGCUCCUAGCUCCUCCGCUCUUUUCCACUUGUGCCAAAGCGCGAGGCAGAGCACGUUGCGCUGGGCCAAGAGGCGCUCGGGCAAGCUGAUGCUGCGGCUCACGAGCACAGGCAAGUGCCCAGUCUGUAUUGUCGCUUUUUGCGGCUAGCUUCUAGCUCUAGCAGUAGCGCGUUAUUGGAGGUCGCGGGCCUGCACUUGGGGCAGCGCCGGGCCUUGGCUAGGCUGGUAGCUCGCCGCCUGUCGAAGCUCGAGCCGUGCUUUCCCUGGAUCCCGUCUCACGGACGGGACGCCGGUGUGCCGCUCCGCCUCCCAGGCAGCCCUGUCUCUCCAUCACCGCGGCCACGGAGCCACGCGGGCUGCAGAUCGACGCGAUGACGGCGCUAAGUUAGAUCUCCUCACCUCCCUCUGCCAGCCUCGCUGCCAAAUUGUCAAAUUUCCUGUAGUGCAGCUGCAGCCUGCAGCGACGGAAGGUUACCUCACGAGCAGCUCGCACCGCUGCAUGUCGACGUGACGGUGGUAUCAGCAGCAGCUCCAGCCACGGCUCCUGUGCCUGCUCCAUCCCUCCAAGGCUGCAGUGGCCGUAGCUGACGGUGCCUCCACUGCCUGCAACGUGCUCGACAAAAUGUCCAACCUAUUCUAGCGUUUUUUACAAUGCCAUCUGAUAAUCACAAAAAUGCUGGCACUACACUUCAUAAAUUACAAGCUCCCAUACGUAUAGCAACUCUAAUUUAAGCGUAGCGUUCACCACCAUUGGUACUACUAGAUGAGAUUCUGGUCCUUCAUGAAGAUACCUGUCUUCUAUUCCUGUUCUGCAAAUGACGUAAAUAAAAGUUUAUUUUUGCAAGCUUGGUGUAAGAGACGGAAUUCUCUAUGCUAGCUCGUUGAUGGUUAUAUAUUAAAAGAAACAACAAUUAAUUUGGGAUUUCUUGGGUAACCACCGGACAAGUUAUGAGCGUGACAUGCUUCAUGUCUAUGGCCAUUCAUGUUAUGGUAGCAUAUUUCCUCUAAUCACACUAGCCACUCAUUUGUUCCAAUGCAUAAGCAGUGUGACCAGUCAUGCUGAUAACUUUUCCGUGCUUCUGUCCUAGAGGUAAUAAUGUUCCUAUUAAUUGUAUAGCUCAGUUUUUUCCUGUGUAAUCAUGUUGCAAUGAAGCUUUGUUCAUCUUGACAUAACAUUGACUUGAAAUCAUGUUUGAUUUUACUUUUCACUAUAGAAGGUCAGAGAGUAGAGUCUAUACAAUUGAAAUGUGCUUCUUGGAAUGAACCAAGAGAAAUUAUUGCUGAUCAUAUUGCAAUGAAGCUUUGUUCAUCUUGACAAAACAUUGAAUUGAAAUCAUGCGUUGUUUUACUUUUCACUAUAGAAGGACUGAUACUAGAGCCUAUAUAAUAAAGAGAAAUUAUUGCUAUAUGUAAUCACUUCUUUUCUACCAUGUUAUUACCUUGAUCAAUUUGCUAAGCAUGAGUUGAGAAGAUGCAUAACUAAACCCAUUCAUCAUAUGGAUAUAUUUGCAAUGAGAAUUUCUUAAUGAUAGUUUGUGCCAUUGCUGUUUAGUUACAAAUCAAAGAAGCUCUAUCUGAAAUAAUUAUUAAUAAGACAUAUAGCUAUAAGAUAGUUCUGGAUUUAAAUUAACAUCUAUGCAUUUGCAUAUCACAUUAACACAUUGUCAUCGUACCCAACCAUCAUCACAGGUAAAAUAGCUAAGAAUAAUCAAACCAAUGUUAUUUGCCCUCAAAUUAACAAUACAUUAAGUAUUAGAUUAACUUGCUAAUAGCUCAUAACUUCAGAUUUGUAUUGUUAAAAAAUGCAUUAUCAAUAUAUCAUUACCUAAUGUGAUUGAUAUUUUGGCUUUAAAUCAAUCUUCAGCUUUAUCAUCAAGUACCCGUACAUCUUUGCUUACCGGAUCUAUUUUUUGUCUGGUGCGGUAAUAUUUAAUAAGAGCGUAUGCAAGAUAACAUUUAUCAAUGAUUUAUGUGGCUCUUUGAUAAUUUAUACAGUAUCUUUAUUAUUUUUUAAAGUAAGCAAUGAUUACUUGAUCUGUCAAUCGGAAUCCUAAUCAAAAUCCGUCGUAAUCCUAAUCAGAAUACGGACAAAUUAAUUGGAAUCCCAAUCGGAAACUGGAUCGGAACCGAACGAUCAAUGCCUCACGUGGUCACGGUACAGCACGGUACAGCAUGUACACUGAGUGAAAGAGUAUAAAAUUGGUAAUCUUAUGUAGGUCCAGGUAAAAUUUCUAUUACCCGUAGCAACGCACGGGCAUCUUCAAUUGUGCAAUUUUAUUUAUGUGAGCAGGGAUUGUAUAUAUGAAAAAGUAAUUUGUUAAGUUAUAUAUCUUUAACUCAAACUCUUAUAUCCUCCUACAAUUACAUUAGCUACUCUCAAAUGCAUUGGCAACUCCAUACCCUCUAGAAGAUUGGAACUAAGUAACCACAGUACACAGAAGGUAGCCAUUACACUGCCCAACUCAGGUAGGGCGCGGCGCGGCAAAGCGCGCCAGAGUUUCUAGUAGCAACCGAGAGCAAAGCGGCUUAGGCCUAAAAGCGGCGAAGACAAGCUCACGCGCCGCCGGCGAUGUACGGCGCUUCCGACCCUGCCGCUGCGGAGCGCACGGCGUUCCGGCGGGCGGAGAAGCAGUACAAGCUCUACAAGCCGCCCAACCUCAAGGGAGCAAGCCGGCCGGCGUCGAUGGAGACGGCGGCGACCUGUCGGCUGUGGUGGACUUCCACGCGCUGCUUGCCGCCGACGGGGAGCUGCCCGCCGGGAUCGGUCGGCGUGACUGCGCCGGGUUCGACCGCCCCGUGUUCUGCUUCUUGGACCGGAUUCUAUUUCAUUCCUGGCGCUCUAUCAACUGAGGAACAAUGCUAUUGGAUUAGGGAAAGCUUGAAAACAUUUCCGCAGCCACCUAAUAGGACUAAUUUGACUGCUAUAUAUGGUUCAAUUUCUGACUUGUUCACUGCUGCUAAAAAUCAAAAGAUCUUGGUUGAAGUGGAAAAUUCUGAUGUAGAAGAAAAAGAACAGAACAAAGGUGACAGGAAAACGGAAUCCAAAAACUUCAAAUUUGUGGAGGACUCAGAGAUCCAGAAGGGUGAAGAGUGUAGGACAACCAGAGCAAUUACUCUCAUGCGGAAGCUCCGGUGGAGCACCCUUGGCCUGCAAUUUGAUUGGUCAAAACGUAACUACGAUGUAUCACUUCCACACAAGAAGAUUCCAGAUGCUCUAGCUAGUCUUGCAAAAAAUAUGGCUAUUCCAGCUAUGCCUUUUGGAGAAGAAUUCAAGCCAGAAGCUGCUAUAGUGAACUAUUAUGGUCCAAGCGAUAUGCUCGGUGGCCAUGUUGAUGACAUGGAAGCAGAUUGGACAAAACCUAUUGUAAGCAUAAGUUUGGGUUGCAAGUGCAUCUUUCUUCUUGGAGGAAAGACAAGAGAUGAAGUUCCAACAGCAAUGUUCCUGCGAAGUGGUGAUAUAGUAUUGAUGGCUGGGGAAGCACGAGAAUGCUUCCAUGGUGUACCACGGAUCUUCACAGAAAGCAACCAACAAGAAAUCUCUGCACUGGUUUCACAACUUUCUGGUGAAGAUGACUGCUUUAUCUUGCACUAUGUCAAGAAUUCCAGGAUAAAUAUCAACAUCAGACAGGUCUACUGAAGACCAGAUUGGUUGUGGACUUGCACAUAUUUGUAAUGAAUGCUGCUUUUUCACUGGAGUCAGGUGCAUUUGCAGAGUACAACAGUUCGAUAAGUGGCACGGAAUAGGAAUGAAGGAUCAGAACGGUUCGAAUAUAUGCAUCAAACUAACCACAAUCGUAGCCCCCAUUGGCAAGAUUCUUUUGUUCAGUUUGGCAAUCCGGGAAGAUAAAAAGCUAAUUUUUCAGAAAUUUCAGACCAAGCAGAUCUUGAGCAGGAUUGCUGAUCAAAAGGAUAACAGUCGGUAGCUGAUUUCAUGUUGUUCCAGUUUUCUGAUGUUUCAGUCCUCCACAAUUUUGCUGCUACUGAAAGAUGUUUGCAAAUCUAUUUGGACUUAUGCUUGAUGUCUCUCACCUUGAGGAAUCUAAGGCAUUCUGAGAAUCCAUAUGCCAAUAAUAUAUGUAUCUUCUGUGCAUAUGUAAGUUAUCAUUUGUAUCAACGGAUGGAUUGAUGUUUUGCUUGGUAUUGUUGUGGUUUUCCA